AUGGAGAAAGUUAUAUCACAUGAGCGAGAUCGCGCUUUCGCGAGGCGCACCAUUACCGCUUCCGACUUGGCCGAUUGGCCGAACGUCAUUCGUGACAACGCUGGUCGCUUAGAGGAUGGACGCGUUCAUAUCGGGCCCACGGAAGCAGAGGCUUGGCCGCUGAAAUUGAAGCGGCUCCUCUUCAUCGACUCUAGGCAUCCAUCCCAUCCCUGCAGCUGCUUUUCUGUAUCGAGCGAUGGCCAGCUCUUGGCAGCGUCCUUCAGGCAUAAUGACAUCCUUGUAUGGCGGCUCUCUGAUGGUCUGCUGGUUCAACGCCUACACCAGCAGGGUCACAAAUACGACGUCUGGUCUCUAUCAUUCUCUCCCACUGAUUGCGUCCUUGUCUCGGGAUCCGCUGAUAAGAUCGCGAUUGUCUGGGACAUUAAGACCGGUCACGUACUUUUUCGUCUGGUAGGAGACGAGGGGGCUAUGCGUAGGGUUAUAUACUCCCCCGACGGCGCGCUUAUCGCCACCGGUUCCGGUGUCUACACGUCUGUGAAGAUUUGGGACGCCUUCACCGGAGUAUGUCUCCACUCCUUCACCGGCGAAAAAAAUUCCAUCUACGACCUCGCCUUUUCACCCGAUAACUCAUAUUUCUGUGUUGCGGUGACCUACUUUUGCUAUAUCCACGACACCAAUACCUUUGCUGAAAUUGCUAGGCCGCGGCACGAAACGGACCGAACACUCAGCUGGUCAGUGUGCCAUAAAGGAGAUCGCAUAGUCGAUGCAUCGGUCAAGAAUCAGGUGAAGAUUUGGAGCAUGGCAACAGGAGAAGAGCUCCUGGCGAUUGAUCACCCGAAGCUAUUAUCGUGGCCUGUCGUAUUUUCUCCGGAUGACGCCGAGGUGCUGGCAGUUUGCGACGCAGACAACACGGCUGUCACCUACGACUCACGAACGGGUCAGCUAUGCCGUAUCUAUAGGCCAUCAAAAAAACCUCGUUGCGCGGCGUACUCUUCGAACGGAGACUACGUUGUCUUCGGAGACACCGGCGGAGAUCUCGCGGUAUACGACGCGAAGUCUGGAACAUUUCUCGCAACCUUUGUGCUGGGUGAAAAUGAUAGAUACCUCCAGGAGAUUCGAUUUAUUUCUGAUAGCCAGACUGUUCUGAUGCGUUUCUUACACGGGCCUCUCAGAUUAUGUAACAUCCAAGAUGCAAUGCGCAUGCGAUAG